CCCCUCAAGAGAGGUUUCACAUGAGGUGUAAUCAGUUCCAGAAAUGGGACACCCUGUCAGUUCCUCAACUCCUCCAGGCGAGCUAUCUUCUGUUUACAUUCUACGUGAAUGAAUGUAGCAACGGUAAGGCUGGACAGGGAGUGUUUGCUAUUCAUCCUGAUCUUAAACCCCUUUUCUGUGAGAUGCUUCCGGAAAAUCUACCUUACAAUAGUUGUCCGAACCCGAGCCAUAUAGUAGAAUAUCUUCACUGUCUUGAGGAGAAGGAAACUAGGGAGACUAGACGAGGUUUAGCAACGGAGCAGAGAACAAAUCAUAUUCAAUCUUCAGUAGGUUGGAGAGGAUACAGUUCUGAUCCCUGGUCUCCUAGUCACCAGGAGAUACUGGCUAAAUCCUUGUCAUCCUUCUCCUCUCAUCCAUCCUACCUUCAUCCAUCAUCCAUCCUGGGAACAAACUAUCUUCCUUCUUCAUCCAUCAUACCAACAUCCUUCGCAUUCGAUGAAUUCAGUUUAACAGGAAAACUACCUCAAGGGUUUUUACGGAACGGAGAUCUAGGAGUAGGAAGAGGAGGAGUAGGAGGAGGAGAUAGAGGAGAAGAGGUACCAUCUCCGGCUCCAGGUGGAUCUCCUCGUAACCCCUCAUCACCUCAGAGAAAACUAUCGAUCAUUCCUGAAGUUCCUGGACUUUCAGACUCAAGGUUCUCCUCUCGUCCUCCUAGUUUGGCAGAAUUAGCGGCUGGGUUGGGACCAAAUGGAAUGGAGAUUGUUGUGACCAGUGCUCGGGACUCCUUGAGAAACCUGAACCUGGACCCGGAGCUGGGGACCUCCUCCUACCCCCAGUCUAUGAUGCAGACCGGAUACUCCAGCUCCAGGACCGCCUACCCAACCCAGUACACCUUCACGGACUCCAUGGACUCGAUGAAGAUGCCAAACUUGAGCAGUUUCCCAGGUUUUAAUCAUGACAGGGUUCAACAACAUAGUAUAGAUUCCUCUGUAGUUACUGAGGGUCAUUAUGAUGCUUCUUUUGAAACCGAGGACCAACCUAACGAUCUUUCCGCGGACAUUAGACAAAAUGAACAAAAAGGACAAAACGGACAAAAUGGAAAAAAUGGAAAAAAUGAACAAAAUGGACAAAAUAUAGGGACAACAUCUAGUGGAAUAUCCACCGAGAAGGGAAAGCCAGAUUUAAAUACAAGUAAAUGUGGAGAGUUAUCAGCUCCAUCUUCCGGUUCUCAGACAACAUUUACAUCAGGAGUAGGACCCACCCACACAUCAUCAAACCUCCAGGAUUCAAGACAACCUGCUCAAUCAACACAACCCGGUCAUUCAACACAACACGGUCAACCUAACCCAGCCAUUCAUUCUAAUCCAACGGGCCAGCAAACACAAGAGGGUUAUCUAGAACAUCUCUUUCAUCCCAACCAACCCGGUCAUCCAAACCAAAUUGGUCAAUCCACCAAUCCCGGUCUCCAAUCCGGCCAUCGCAUCCAACAAGCCCGACCCAGUCAGCCAUUUCAACUCGGUCAUUCUGCCCAGCCCAGUGAUCCUACCCAGCCCGGUCAUCCUAUCCAACCCGGUCAUCCUACCCAGCCCGGUGAGUCUCAAAAUACUGGAGGUACCCUGCUCCAACCUUGUACUACCACUGUAAGCUCAAAUAGAAAUCUGCCUCUACCGAUCACAAGUGCACUCAAAACUGUACCAGAUAUAGUCAGUUCGAAUGGACCUAUGAGUGCUGAGAAUGAUCUGUUCACCACCGACAACAACGGGGUGGGUCCAUCUAGCUCCGCCUUUCUUCAUCGUUCUGGCGAACCUCGACCUGCCUAUCUCCCAGGGGCGGGUAAACCUAGCCACGCCUUUCAACCUGGUGCAGGGCAUAUGAAAAACAGUCUACCAACCAAUUUUAGAAAUAAAAUUGGUGAACACCAAGUACAGCAGAUGAGUGAGGAAGAGGAAGGGAUGAUGCUCUGGAAGAGAGUGCGGCAUUGUGUCGUCUUCGGUGGAACCUUGGUUAAAACUAAGAAAUAAAACCAAACCAAAUAUUUUCCCGUUCACUCACGCAUAAUACAAUCAACAAAACUCAGCGACGAGAAGCAAUUCCUUUUUCUUUUUUUAAAUAAUAUAAUUAAGGUAAAAUGGAGAAAUAAUGCCAUACAGUUAAACAGUUCCAGCAAAAACAUUUUUUAAGAUUUACAAACAGAAGUCUCAACUUCAAUACUUCAAUUAUGAAUUAUGUGAAAUGUGCAUCAAGUUUUUUAUUUAUAGCUCCAGGGCCAAAUUUAAUGUUGUGUUUGAACGACUUAUACGUAGUUGAAUCUCUACCUUAUGCGCCGAUUCAGGUUAAAGAAAAGCAAUUCAGCUAAGUCUACAUAGUUCAACGACUUCUCACUUUUCAUUAACUUUGGUACCUGAUUUUUUCUUCCGUUUUUUUAUUUAAACCUCAACAUUUAUCUAAAUGGACGACACAUUUUAUGAAAAUUAUUUUCAACUCUUCAUAAGAAACAAUGGACUCAUAUCAAUAAACAAUAAAUAGAAGAAAAUAUAUUUAUCAAACAGACAAAGUACUGAUAUAUACAUUAUACAUUAUACACUGCAGUCAAAUCUGAGAUCUGAGACUAAUAAUGCUCUGCAGUAAACAUAACAUAUAAUACUCAACCCACAAAACAACCGACAGACACAUACAGAUGUUGUCUGAUUUCAUCAGAUUUUUUUAACACCAAAAAAUUAAAUGUUUCUUGGCACUUUUGUUUUUAAAUCCAAUUAUUGCUAGUUAAAUUUCCAAUAAAAAUCUUAUAAAUGACAAUACUAUGUACACAUUUCACAUAUAGACUCGUCCAUAAAUGUAAAAUAGUAUGUCUGUUUGAUUGUUUAUUUUGAUGUCCUAGCAUAGUUCAUAAACCCCUGGACCGAUUUGCCACAAAUUUUUGGUAACUCGGUAGAACCAAGCUAGUACUUGGUAAAGCAUUAAAAAAGAUGUUUUAAGGAUUUAAAAUGGGGAUUUUUGAAGAAGGACUUACACAUAAUCUAACAAUAAGUUAUACGAACCAAGAUUUUUCCAGUCCCCCUUGAAUACGCACUUACCGACACUAACUCCCCCUUUAAUACGCACUUACCGACACUAACUCCCCCUUGAAUUCGCACUUACCGACACUAACUCCCCCUUGAAUACGCACUUACCGACACUAACUCCCCCUUUAAUACGCACUUACCGACACUAUCUCUCCCUUGAAUACGCACUUACCGACACUAACUCCCCCUUUAAUACGCACUUACCGACACUAUCUCUCCCUUGAAUACGCACUUACCGACACUAACUCUCCCUUGAAUACGCACUUACCGACACUAACUCUCCCUUUAAUACGCACUUAUCGACACUAACUCCCCCUUUAAUACGCACUUACCGACACAAACUCCCCCUUCAAUACGCACUUACCGACACUAACUCCCCCUUUAAUACGCACUUACCGACACUAUCUCUCCCUUGAAUACGCACUUACCGACACUAACUGUUUACAAUUAACUCGGUGAAAACUAAAACCUCUAAUCAGACGAGAAAUGCUUUAUAAUUCAAAAUUGUGAAGAAUUUUGGAGCUAUUAUCUUCUUCUAAUCAAAUACUUGUUUUAAAUCAUCAUAAAAAAAAUAUUUUUAGUGUAAAAUAUUUUUUUUUUUAAUUCUACAUCUUACUUUUUGGUGUGAUACCAACUUUAUUUUUAAAUUAAUCUUAACUUCAGCAUGAAUCUCACAAUUUUAAAUUUAAAGGGGAAUAUUAUUCAAACUUUAAAAAUAAAGAAAAAAGAUAAAAUGAAGAAAAUAAAAAUAUUCUCAUUGGUAGACUAAUUUGAGGUAAACGGUUUUCCUCAUUAAAGAACCUGUUUUUAUCUCCAAAGAAUACAAACAUAAAAAUGUUGGUCAAACUUUUUUCAGCAGUUUUCCCUGUUUCCUGUUGAACACUUUCUAACCCUUACAUUUUGUUCACUACAUUAUGAAUAUUAUGUCAGAAAUUUAAAAAAAGGAAUUGAGUCUUUGUAACAAACUCUGAUUUUCUAAUACCUAUA